AUGAUGAACCCAAAGAGCCAGGUUGCGGUUAUCCCAUUUUCCUUCUCCGGCCACCUAUUGCCCCUCGUCAACCUCGUACGUCGAUUAGCAGCAAAUGCCCCCGAUGUGAUCUUCUCUUUCUUCAACACUGCCAGCUCAAAUAAGACCCUAUUCUAUUCCAGCAAUAAUCAGGCAGAACCCCUACCAUCUAAUGUUAAGGUCUAUGACAUUGCCGCUACCGUCACUUGGGAAGAGGAAACUACAAAGGAACUGAAAUCCCAAAUGGUAGGAGCAUUGGAGCCCUUCUUGGAGGUGGCUGUGGCUAGCUUCGAAGAUGCGAUCAAUGCUGCAGUGAAGGAGAAUGGAGUGAGGGUGAGCUGUCUCCUUAUAGAUGGCCUCAUGGUGUUCUCAUGCAAGAUCGCGGAGAAGUUGCAAGCCAAGUGGGUCGCCGUGUGGGUACCGACACUAUCAAUUUUACCGGCUUACAUUUAUAGAGAUCUCCUUGUCCCUCUAUUAAAAGCUGUUCUCAUUCAGUGA